AUGGCGGCUAAGCGUGUUUGUAUUGCGGAAAUUUUAUGGUUUUUGUUGAAUAAUCAAGAAAAUAUAAAUGACGUGGGUUUUAAAUUGGAAGUUGUAGAAUUCUAUACUAAUGAUGAAAUACUUAAUGGUAAAAAAAUUUUAUUAACUGAAAUAGAAGGUUUAAAAAAAGAUAUAAUUAAGUUAACGGCUCGUGGUAAUACCAAAUAUGAUAAACGUAUUGAAAGUGUAAACAGCGCAAGCAUUCUUUCAGGUGAUAACGUUGACAACUGCGCUAGUAAAAAAUCUUGGGCCGACAGAACCGCUAAACGCUACACGUCGCAAAGUGAGUCGUGUGAUGAAAUAGUCGGCGACGAUGGUUUUCAAGUGGUGAGAAGUAAGAAACGAAAAAAAUCGUCAACCUCUCCACAACUGACAUCCCCAAAACCUGCGUCAAAACCAGCUUCAAAACAAAUGAAAACCUACGGUACUGGCAUCAGCUGUCCAUUGAAAGCGUCGAAAAUAAUAGAGGAAAAAAUUACCUAUUAUAUCGGAAAUGUCAGUACAUGCAACAAAAAUAUAAUUGAGGACCAUCUGAAACAAAACAACAUAGCUUUUCUACAAUGCUUUCCUGUACUCCCAGCUGACUGGACUCCUUUAAUGAAUGAUCGUAAUCUCGAUAAUACUUGCUUAUCCUUCUACAACAUAAUCAAUAACUCACUUGAACUGUUUGCUCCUUUCCAAACUUAUAAACCUAGAAACAAAAAAUCAUGGAUAACAAAUGAUAUUUUAAAAAUGUCGAAUAAACAGUAUAAAUUGUACUAG